CAAAGUUAGUGGCAUUAUUUCAGGGGCGGGGAAAUUUUUAAGCACAUACUUAAUUUUUCCCUUGAAACCAGGAUUUAAAAAUGCUCAACAUGGGCUGGAUUGUGGCUUACAUCUGCUGGGUUGCUGCUCUCAUAUCUGUUAGCUGAACCUUGCUAAUAGGCUUUAAAUAUAUAUACCAUAAAGAAUCUGGGCACAAAGGCCAUUUAUAAGCCUGGGAAGAAAAGAUUUUAAAUGUUCAUUCUAAGAUCCAUCUGUUGUAUGAUAAAAUAAACCCAAAUUUUAAAGAUUAGUUGAUCUACAUUAUUUUUGUGUGUGUGUGUGUGUGUCUGUAUACACACACACACACACGUAUAUGUGUGUGUAUAUACACACACAAAUUUUCCAUUGAAACCAGGAUUUAAAAUUUUUAUAUAUAUAUAAAAUUUGUAAAAGUAAAGCUUUGAAUUUCCCCCUGAUCUGGGUUAAAAUUCUAAAACAUUCUAUGUAUUUUCUGUGCAAUAGUCUACCUGAUCUUGUGAGAGGACUGCAAAGAUACAAUUCUAACUAAAAAGGACUGAACAUUUACAGUGAAUCAUGCCUCUGACAGAGGAAAACAACUCAUUUCUGCCCAUAACUGAUUAGAUUGCUGAAGGAGAUCUGCUUUUCAUAUUACUUCAGCAAGAAGGCUCUCUAUGUGCUCAACACUGUUUGAAUAACUUACUUCAAGGGGAGUAUUUUAGUCCGGUAGAGUUAUCUUCUAUUGCACAACAGCUGGAUGAAGAAGAGCGAAUGAGGAUGGCAGAGGGAGGCCUUUCUAGUGAAGAAUAUAGAACAUUUUUACAGUCUUUUUAGGACUAUGGAUGGAUUAAUAGCACCUUUUUUGCUUUUUUUAAAUUCUACAUUGAACAGCAGCCUUCUGGAAACAUGGAUGACAGUGGCUUUUUCUCUAUUCAAGUUAUAAGCAAUGCCUUGAAAGUUUGGGGUUUAGAACUAAUCCUCUUCAACAGCCCAGAGUAUCAGAGGCUCGGGAUCGACCCUAUAAAUGAAAGAUCUUUUAUUUGUAACUAUAAGGAACACUGGUUUACAGUUCGAAAGCUAGGAAAACAGUGGUUCAACUUGAACUCUCUCUUGACGGGUCCAGAACUAAUAUCUGAUACUUAUCUUGCACUUUUCCUGGCCCAGUUACAACAGGAAGGCUAUUCUAUAUUUGUUGUAAAGGGUGACCUACCAGAUUGUGAGGCUGAUCAGCUACUGCAAAUGAUUAGAGUACAGCAGAUGCAGCGGCCAAAAUUGAUUGGGGAAGAGACGCUGCAAUCAAAAGAUCAGAGAGUACAAAAACCUGACUUGGAACAAGCACUAGAUGUCAACCAUCCUUUUGAUGGUACAGCUAUGUUAGAUGAAGAUGAAGAAAAUUUCCAAAAAGCACUUGCUCUCAGCAGACAGGAAAUUGAUAUGGAGGAUGAAGAAGCUGAUCUCCGUAGGGCUAUCCAACUUAGUAUGCAAGGAAGCCAGCAAAGUGGCUUCUCGGACUCUAGUGCACAGAAUGUUCCACGAUCGUCUACAACAAGCCAGUCUGAAUCUCUUACAUCAGAAGAACUGCGAAGGAGAAGACAGGCCUAUUUUGAAAAACAGCAGCCGUUGCAUCAGCAAGUUCAGAACCCAGAAUUCCGUGAUGCACCAGCUACAAGUUCAAAUGCAUUAGGAACUGAUCCAGGGGGUGAUAUGAGUGAAGAAGAUAUGCUUCAAGCAGCCAUGAAUAUGUCUUUGGAAACUGUUAGAAACAACUUGAAUGCAGAUGAAAAGAAAUGACAAAAAUACUUAUUUUUUAAAUUAUAUUUAAACACUAAAUCCUGUAUUAAUUGUGUGCGGGUGGUAUAAAGGUAGGGUUCAUUUCAUUGAUGUGCUAAAGCAGGAUAUAGCCCUAAAAUGUAUGGGGCUGAGGAGCAGAAUUAAAUGGCAAUUUGUGUAUAACAAAGAAACUGUAUUGCUUAAAGGCUUUCAGCUUUGCUCAUACAACUUUACUGAGUUUGUAAAGAGCAAAGGGAUAUCAAAAUGUCAAAUACCUCACGCAACACCUUCUUGACCCAUAGAUGCUUAGGGCCAGUUUGUUAUACCUGUGUAUACUUGUAUGGGGCAGCUGCCCCAUAUAGUCAGGUGUGACUAUUUUGUGGGUUUUUUCUGCAGACCAAGAUCAACCACCCAUACUCGACAGCCCCUCUCACAAAUCACCCUGAGGCCCUUGUCUUGAGACAGUGCUGGCCAAGAUGGAUUGUGUAGAGGCAUUAAAGGCAUUCCAAGCACCUCUUCUGUCCCCCUACGUUGCAUAGCAACUUCAAAAUUAAUUGAAUGUCAACAAGUACUUUCAGCCUUCUCUAGCAUAGUUUGUAACAUGCAUACUUAUUAUUUUUCCAGUAUAGGGGGACGGGGAGGGGGGGGCAGGGGCACACACAAAAAGGUCUGUUUUUAGUUCUGAGACUGAUUGAGCACAUUUUGGAAGUCUUAAGGACUGCAGGAGAUAUCAAAACCAACAAGCCCUUCUUGUAUCUUAUUUAAAUACUACUUUUUGAACCAUAAAGAUAAUGAUAGAGUUUUCCUCUUCUGUUUGCAGAAGGGGAGAAAAUAAGGGGGACUUCCAUUGGUAUACUCCUUCCAACUAAAUUCUGGGCAAUCCUGGCCCCAGUGCACGGUUCGAGCACAAGUGUUAACUUGCAUGUCAGUUUAACUGGAAGUGGUGGGGUAUUUGUGAUAAACAGUUCCUAACUUGUGUUGUAUAGGAAUUUAUUUUAUCUUUGUUCCUCUAUUUUUACAAGUAUUAAAAGUCACUAGAUGAGCAUAUCUAUCUGCCUUGUACUGAGGCAGACCAUUAGUCUGUCCAGAAUGGCCUCCAACUGGCAGCAGUUUUUCAAGGUCUCAGCUCAGGCAGGGGACCUUCCCAGCCUUGAGUUCCUUUUAAAUGAUAUGCCGGUGAUUGAACCUGGGACCCUCUGCAUGCAAAGCACGUGUGCUCUCGCGCUGAGCUACAGCCCCUCUCGGCCUUCCAGGCCGUCUUAGAAGUGAGGAAGAUGAAGAAACAUGUUGAUGCCAUGAGUUCAGUGCCACAUUUUUAAAAAAAAUAUGCAUCCCUGCUAUCUGAAAUGAAUCCUGCAUGGUUACCUGUGUGUUAAGAAUGGAUAUUCAUAAAUGAAUGUGUGAGGCUGUGUAUUGUAUCAGAUGUUGAUGAAUGUCUUCUACCUAUUAGAAUUUUGCAACUUUUCAUAAAUGGCCUUCGUUCAUGCACCUUACAGGUUUUUCUAUCAUUGUUUCUGUUACUGAGGAAAAUUGGGAAGCAAACGUUGCAAGCUAGUUUUAUUCUGUUUGAAUUAUACAUUGAUACGCAAAAUUGUUAUGACAGGAUGACCAAAUUUGGCAUUUUACUUUGCAAGAAUAGUUUUAACAUGUCUUUUCUGUGUAUAUGUUGCUUUUAAGCAUGCGUUCUGUUUACAUACACAAUCUUAUGACUAUGGUGUUAGAUGUUUACAGUGUUCAAACUGUAUUCUUCUUAAACCAUAGGCAUUUGCCAAGCAUCUUCCCAAGUCCACCCAUUAAUUUGUGUUGCUAACAUGCUUCAAAAUUAUACUAUUGCACCAUGUUGAUGUGUCACUUUUAGCUGCUGAAUGAUAAGUAACUGUAUGCAAAUAUAUGGUACUUUAAGAAAUAAUGCAUUACAAAAGAACACUCAGAUUUUGAUACAACUUGUUUACAAUAAUGUGGUUGAGAUUGCUUUGUUACUAGAACAAAAUAGAUAAAGGAGACAAAUCUCACUUACUCUACUUGCAUGGUUGAUUUUUGUUGUUGAAAACAUUGCGUAAGUGUGAGUAAUGGGAUUUGGUUCUAAAAUUAACACUGCUUUUAAAAAUGCACCUAGCUUUACCAUUUUCAUAUACUUAAAGCAGCACUGUUGGGCCUUUCACAAUUUACUUGAUUUAUUGACAGCAGGAAACUGUCUUGCUAAACCUAGUGCACAGACAUUGCUUUUUUAAAAAUCUGCAGCAUUAAGUUACAUAAAGCUAUCUGCACUGAUUUUUUUUGCUUUCACACUAUUACUUGAAAAUAAUUAUGUGAAGGGAUUCAUAUAAUGCAUGAAAUGAAAUCACAAUUUUAUGUUUUCUUUGUACUUUUCCAAUAAAUGUUCUUUUGAACAAGACAAGCUGAAUCUGGAUGAAUUUAGGGACACUUUUUAAAAAGAUAUUUAGUAUCUGGGUGUAGAUACCAAAGUGCAAAACAUGCAUGUACCAUAUUGGUUAUGAAGGGUGCAACAGGUUUCAGAAAUUACUUUCUUCUUCUUUUUAAAAUAUACCAAAGUGGGAACUGAUAGGGAUUUUGUGUACUUUAAAGGGUAAAGCUAUGUUUGAAACCUGUCACACUAUAGGUCACAAUAUAUGUAUUCUUGCAGCCUUUAGUUAUAUUGAAAUAACAUAACUCUUAAUAUAUGGAGAUGCAAUUUUUUAAAAGCAUGUAAUUGCAGGCUUUAGCCUGGUUUGGCAGUACUCCAUUAACAUCCCUCCCCCGCCCGCCCCAUUUAGGCUGGGUUGGGGUGAUGGAACACCCUGAGUAAUAUCCAUCUUGGAUUUUAAGAAUUUUACAUAAGUCUUUUUCCACAACUUUGUACUUCUAGUUUAUGAAUUAAACCUGUUAUCCAAUAAUGUCAGUGUUUUCUUGUUAAACUACCUGAAGCAUGGUAUGUGCUAUAUUUAUCUUCACGGCAUAGGCUAAUUGCAGUGCUCAGAGGAUGUGGGACUAUGUUCUGGCAGAAGAAUUGAAAUGGGGCAAAUUUUUAAAUGUGGCUAAUUGGGGUAAAACAAAAUGUGUUAUUUUUAAAGGUAUGUUUAUAGUUGCCCCCUUCACUAAGGAUGUACACAGAACUGGCAGGGGCCAGUUUGACAGCGGGAGGGGGGGGAUACCUUUAUGGGCGGGGGAGGAUGCACUCCCCCUGCUCAAUUUCCUAAAAGUUUGUCGGGGUGGCAGUGUACCUCCUUGCCACGUUGCCCCCUUUACCGGAUGUAACGGGAAAUGAUGCACGUUGGGUGCGCGCAACUCGCAUGCCCAACGCACACAGGCACGUCAAGUACUUCCAGUUACAUCCGGUAAAGGGGGCAACAGGGUGGCAGGGAGGUACACUGCCACCCCAACAAACUUUUAGGAAACCAAGCACUGGCGGGGGAAAUGCAGUAUGUGUGUACAUCCUCCCCCACCCUUAAAGGCAGACACACCCACCCACCGUUGAACCUUCAAGCCAGCUAGUGUUCAAACCUGUUCGGAGGCCCAUAAAAGGGCCUCUAAACAAGUUCAUGCACAUCCCUACCCUUCAUAUCCUAGCCAGGCUCUUGGGUAACAGCAGAACUUCUUUGACGCUAAACCUCUUGCUUUAAUCCAUCUUCUCACCAAGUCCAGUUGAAUUGCUCCAAGGAGCUGUGCUGUAGCCAUAAAUCCAUUAACUCUUAAAUUAAAUAUCUAAAAUUAUGUCAGCAGUGUGUGAGAGGUGCUAGGGUGGUAAGGAGAAGCUAUCACUUGGGGAACUCAGUUUACCCUCUGCUCAAUGAUACUAGAUGUGCAUGUGGUUGCAGGGUGGCUAUCUCAAAGACAGAGUGUUAAAAGUGAAUUAAAAAUGGUGGUCCUGUUUGGAAAAAAUUGCUGAGCCUAGGGGUGUGUGUGUGUGUAUGUGGCUUGAAUAGGAUGAGUGAGUGGAUGAGUAAAUGGAUGGAGUGAGUGAAGAGUGAGAUGAGUGAAAUGGAGGAGAGCUGGUUUUGUGGUAGCAAGCAUGACUUGUCCCCUUAGCUAAGCAGGGUCAACCCUAGUUGCAUAUGAAAGGGAGACUAGAAGUGUGAGCACUGCCAGAUAUUCCCCUCAGGGGAUGGAACCACUCUGGGAAGAGCAAAAGGUUUCAAGUUCCCUUCCUGGCUUCUCCAAGAUAGGACUGAGAGAGAUUCCUGCCUGCAACCUUGGAGAAGCCGCUGCCAGUCUGUGAAGACAAUACUGAGCUAGAUAGACCAAUGGUCUGACUCAGUAUAUGGCAGCUUCCUGUGUAGCACAAUGGAGUGAAAUAAGCUUCUUCUGUGAAUCUCUUAAGAGAUCCAGUCAAACUGUUUGUCGUCAAUGAAACUGGAAUGGGGGGAAAUAUACACAGCAAAUACACACUUUGCAGUUUAGAUCCAAAGUUUACAAUGUGUAUCUACCUAGAAAUGAGCAAUCUUAAGUGAGUACCACUAUCUAGGUAUGCAUGCCUUCAUAACCAAAACAUAGUAACAUCUGUACAUUAUGAAUCUGUUAUGUAAAUAAAGUUUAACUAUUUUAAAUCA